AUGCCAGCGCUGUUGGAUGCCCACUGCCACCCGGCAGAGGAGGUGCGUGGUGCGGGCGCAGAAGCUGUGGAUGCCUGGGUCAGGGCAGCGGGGGACGUACCUUUGCAGCAAGUGUGGGCUAUGUCGACGGACGUGCACGACCAGCCGCUAGUGGCGCGACUCGCCGACGCUUGGCCGGAUAAGGUCGUUCCGUGCUUUGGCUUUCAUCCUUGGGUGGCUCAUACGAUAUCCCUCGGCGACGUGCAGGAUGCACGAUCGCAUUAUGCGGCGCUUUUUGGGUCAGACGAUGAUGUCUUCUCGCAAUUCCCACCACCCUUACCCCUUCGUGAGGCAAUUGCGCGUCUGGAAGCGUACCUCGUUGCCUACCCCCAGGCGCUCGUAGGUGAAGUCGGUGUGGAUCGCAGUUUUCGGAUACGCGAGCCAGGACGUGGUCUUACGCGGUGGCAGACGCCGCUUGAGCACCAAAUCGCCGUGCUGGACGCGCAGGUGCAGCUUGCAUGCCGCUACCAACGGAGCGUGAGCAUGCACAGUGUGCGUGCGGCGGGCGUGACGGUGGCCUGGUUGGAGCGCAUGAAGGCGAGCGUGGCUGGCUUUGGAGAGAUCAACAUAGAUCUGCACAGCUGUACGCUGAGCCCCGAGACGAUUCGGCUGGUCCAACAGGGGCAUCCGAACAUCUUUGUCUCCUUCUCGACGGCCGUGAAUCUACGAGCAGGCCGAGAGCGUCUUUGUGAGCAAAUCCGUGCUUGUGAUCCUGAGCGCCUCCUGUGUGAGUCGGACUGGCAUGCAUGGGAUGAGCUGGCGUCGCGGACGAACGACAUGGUGCAAUGUGUGGUCGAAAUGCACGGCCACGACAUGCCUGAGCGCAUGUUGCGCUGUUCGUAUGCGUUUACCAAAAGAAGGUAUGUUUCACACUAUGAUAUGCGCACGCCUUAUAGGGUAUAG